AUGGCGAGGAAACUGCGAGCGGCUGCCCAAGCAGCCGCGCAAUCAUUGAGGAAUGCACCCCCUGCGAUCCCCGAUGGCUCAGACGAGGAAAUGGCGGAGGCACCCCCGUCGCGCGACCCCUCCGUGGCCCCAGAAGACACAGGAGACGCGUCCGAAAAAGAUCCCGACGUCGAGCCUCCCUCCGAGCCGGCCCAAGAGGAGGAACCCGACGCUGCGCCCACCCCCGUCGCGGCGGAAACCCACCCGCCGUCGCGCGGAGACACACCAACUCGCUCCGUGGGCCGCCCGGCCAUCCCGCGAAAACGCCGUAUCGGUCGUCCGCCGAAGAACCGCCCACCCGACUGGGAUGCGCCGGACGGAUCUGCGCCGCCGCAGAUCCAUGUGAGCACGCCCGUGAAGCGCCGCCGUGGGCGGCCCGCGGCCAGUGGUGGUCGGUGGGGGCGCAACCGGGGCCCGUCGCAUGUCACCCAGGUGCCUAUCGACAAGGAGGGAAACAUGAUGGACGUGAUUGACGAUGAAGUCGCCGUGCCAGGCGACCCUGAAGGCGAUACCAAGGUCGAUAAGAACGGCCAUUUGCAGGGGGACCGCGAGUACCGUGUGCGCACGUUUACGAUCCUCAACAGGGGCGAUCGUCUGUACAUGUUGUCGACGGAGCCGGCGCGUUGUAUUGGUUUCAGGGAUUCGUACCUGUUCUUCCAGAAGCACAAGUUCCUCUACAAGAUUAUCAUCGACGACGAUGCGAAACGCGACCUGAUCGAGAGAGAGGUCAUCCCGCAUUCUUACAAGGGCCGUGCCAUCGGUGUGGUCACUGCUCGAUCCGUCUUCCGGGAGUUCGGCGCGAAGAUUAUCGUUGGCGGCAGGAAGAUUAUCGAUGACUACAACGUGAAGGCUGCGCGGGAGCGUGGGGAUGUCGAGGGUGAGCUGGCGGUGCCGGAGGACAAACUCCCGCCCCCCGGCGAACCCUACAACAGGAACCAGUACGUCGCGUGGCAUGGAGCGAGUAGUGUUUAUCACACACAGACACCUGCCGCCCCGCUACCAACGGGCAAGGCUGUGGACUCUAAGAAACGGAGAGUGACGGUGACUGGAGAUAAUUGGAUGCUCGAGCAUGCUCGGGAAGCUAGCAAUUAUAACGCAAUUCUUACAAACACCCGUCGCGCCAAUCUGGAGGGCACGUACGAUAUACACACCAACGUCAUGCAGUACCCCAAGAUCAUGCAGCCGACGCACGCCCGGUGGGAACGUUUGCCGCCCCCCGAUCCCCGUGUGGCCGCCAAACUCACCAAGGAGAUGUCAUCUCUUACCCUCACCAAUGGCGUUGAUGAAGAUGAAACCGCGCCCGAGGAACCCACUGCAGCCUCGGUCGAGGAUGAGACCCAGAACAAGGCAGAAGACACGCCCAAAGAAUCCAUCUUCUCCACCAUUCCGGCUGCCCUCUCCCGUCGCUUUGCUAUCAGCGACAUCUACUACGAAACGCCACCAUAUUCCAAUAUGGGCGUUCCUGGUCCAGAUGGUGACGUUCACGAUCUGGGCACGAACGGUCUGAUCAGCGCCGCCAACGCGACCCACCCCGAGUUUGUCAGCCCCGAGAUUCUCGAAGAACUGCCAGCCGAAUGCAAGGAGGCGCUCGUGGAGGCGGCCACGCGAGAGUGGGAAUGGAAAUCCAAAUGGCGCAGUGAGGCCACGGACGGAGCCCGGACGACGCCUCUGAAGAGUUAUGCCUGGUUUCCAUGA